GCGUGAAAGGCUUCAGAAAACCAGUAGUGCAUGCGCGCGCCUUACACAGCAACAUUAAUACCAGCUUCAGACAACCUGACGUGCCGAGUAGAGACAAAUUAAUCUUGACAAGUUCUUUGUUUUAAUAAACAGUUCAGCGAAGUGAAGUGGUUUAAAUUAGUUAACCAACUAUUAUGGGCUCCAAAAGAAUGCGAGGUUUUUUAACUGUCUGGCAUAGGUGGAUGCUCGUUUUCACUUUGUUGCACACUUUGGCUGUUUUACCCACUUUCUCUGAGGGUAAGACGGUGAAAUACCAGACCUACGAAGAAGAUGCUCUUGACACUGUUAUCGGAAUCCUUGCCAAGGACAUGUCCUUAAAUCCUUCCAUGGGCACCAAGACCAAUUUUCGGAUGAUGAAACAGUCAAACGCUUCCUUUAUCAGACUGAGAGAGAGCGACGGGCAGCUCACCAUCGGUGAAAGAAUCGACAGGGAGCGGAUCUGCAAGCACACUCCUCAGUGUCUCAUCGCCUUCGACGUUGUCAGCUUUUCCAAAGAACAGUUCAAAUUGAUCCACGUCGAAGUGGAGGUCAAGGACAUCAAUGACAACUCUCCGGAGUUCCCUAACAAGGAAUCGACACUGGAGAUUUCAGAAAAUGCCGCGGUGGGUUCCAGAAUUCCCUUGGACGUUGCUGUGGACGAGGACGUUGGCACAAACUACAUCCAAAGCUACCAAAUUUCAGUCAAUAGCCAUUUUACCAUUGAUGUGCUAAUCAGUGCGGAUGGGGUUAAAUCUGCGGAGCUGGUGCUAAUGAAACAGCUGGACAGAGAGACACAGUCGUCUUAUGUGUUGGAGCUUGCUGCUACCGACGGCGGGAAUCCGUCCAGGUCUGGCACCACCAGGAUAAAUGUGAAGGUGAAAGACUUCAAUGACAACAGUCCAGUUUUUGAUCAGAACAAUUUUUCGGUAGACAUACUCGAAGACGCGCCUGUUGGAUUCCUGCUAUUGGACUUAAAUGCCGUCGAUCCUGAUGAGGGUUUAAACGGUGAAGUUGUGUACGGGUUCGGAAAUCAGGUAUCUGUUGAAAUCAGGCAACUUUUUAAAGUCGACCGAAAAUCCGGGCGCUUAACGCUCCAGAGCCCAAUCGAUUUCGAGAACAAGAAAACCUACGAAUUAGACGUACAAGCGUACGAUUUGGGUCCCAAUCCGACACCCUCAAUGUGUAAAAUAGUUAUUCACGUCCAAGACGUGAACGACAAUGCCCCAGAAAUCAGUAUUACGCCCAUGACUUCCAUCACGGCGGGGAUUGCAUACAUUACAGAAGCAGCGGCAAAAGACAGUUUUGUGGCGCUGAUCAGCACCUCGGACAGAGACUCCGGAGAGAAUGGGCAGGUUCAUUGCACCCUGUACGGGCACGACCAUUUCAAACUUCAGCAGGCUUACGAGGACAGUUACAUGAUUGUCACCACGGCAUCACUGGACAGAGAAAAGAUAGCCGAAUAUAACUUGACAGUGGUUGCCGAAGAUUUGGGCUCCCCUCCGUUCAGAACCAUCACCCAAUACACCAUUAGGCUGAGCGACGAGAACGACAACGCCCCUCUGUUCAGCAAGCCAGUGUAUGAAGUUUCCGUGGUGGAAAACAAUGCGCCAGGCGCGUAUAUCACCACCGUAGUGGCACGGGACCUUGAUUUGGGGCACAAUGGUAAAGUCAGCUACAGGCUUUUAGACUCUUACAUUAUGGGUUCUCCUGUAUCGACUUUUGUGUCUCUAGAUCCGGCUACAGGUUCGAUAUAUGCCCUGAGAAGUUUCAAUUACGAAGUCAUGAAACACCUGGAGCUCAGAAUCCAGGCGAGCGACGGGGGGUCGCCGCAGCUCCACAGUAGUGCAGCCAUCAAUCUAAAAAUAGUUGAUCAGAAUGACAACGCACCUUCCAUCACGCAACCCCUGCUCAAUAAUGGAUCUGCUGAAAUCCUUCUACCAAAAGAUUCGCCUUCAGGUUAUAUUAUAACCCAGAUAAAGGCAAUAGAUGCUGACGACGGUGUAAAUGCGGAGAUGUCCUACAAAAUUAUCAAAGGGGAGGCUUCGGUGUUCUCCAUCAACAGAGCCACAGGGGAGAUCCGCCUGAAUCGUGAACUGAACUACGACGUUAACGAAAGCCUGAAAAUCUACAUCACUGUCAAUGACAACGGGAGACCUUCACUGACUUCCACAGCAACUAUCCGUUUCACUCUCGUUGCUGGGGCUCCCCCCAGCGACCGCACCGUGGUUAGACAAAAUGCCGAGGAAGGGCCAAUUCACUGGGACACGUCAAUUGUUAUCAUUGUGGUUCUUGCUGGGAGUUGCUCACUACUCCUGCUGGCAAUCAUACUAAUCGCCACUACUUGCAAUCGGCGCAAACGUCAGAAGAAAAGUGGUGGCUUCCAGGACACGGUGGACAUGCCCCACUUGGAGAAGGCGAAAAACAAUGGCCACUCGCUCGUGUCCGGCCACAGUGGCAGCAACGUGUUCGAGUCUCGCGCGUUUUCCAAUAAAUCCCCGUUCGCCAAUUCCAACACUGCGGAGACUGACCCAGAAGAUGGCAGCGAAACUACGUGCGUCUACGAACCCGAAAACAAAAUCCGUGCAGGCAAAUUUGAGGGUUAUUCUACGUUACCUGGCUACGGAAAAGAAGCUGUCAGACCAAUUACAAUAUGGAAGGGUAAUUCCUAUACAACCAUCUCAGCCAGAGAUCCCCAGUUCAGCGGAAAGGACAGUGGGAAAGGAGAUAGUGACUUCAACGACAGCGACUCUGACAUAAGCGGAGACGGCAUCAAAAAAGACUGUCCACCGCUCAACGUCCAAAGUGGUUUGUGGGCGUGCACGAGCGAGUGUAAGAUCCUCGGUCACUCCGACCGGUGCUGGAGCCCGUCGGCCGUAAGGUCCAACGCCACGCCCUCCCAGAGCCACUUGUCCACCUUCGCCAAGACAGCCUCCCUGCCGCGUGACACCUUGCGUCGAGACAACUACUACCAGGCGCACAUACCCAAAACUGUCGGCUUGCAGAGCGUAUAUGAAAAAGUUCUAAACAGGGAAUUCGAUUAUGUACUGGUUUCCCCGCCACGACCUGUCAGGGUACAGGAAAUUGACGAGAUUACUGUACCCGUGUAUGCGCCUACCACGACGCGGUGCCCAACGAAUGACGCCUAAAGCUUUACAAACUCGUCAUAUUAAUUUAUAAUUUUCCGUGAGAAAUCAAAAUAAAGCCUCGUGACUGUAGGGGCUUAAAGUUAUUUAAUUUUUGGCUUUAAAUAAGAGAAUAUAUACAUUUAUUAAAUAUUUGUGUAUUCACAUUUUGAAACGUUUGUGUAAGUCAUCAUUUGAUUGUAUCAAGUUUGUUAAACAUACUAUGUAUAUUAUGCAAUUUUUUGUAUAUACAGAUUAUAUUUUUAUAAUGAUUCAAAACAAAAUAAUGUAAAAUUAGCUGUUGUUAUUGAUUUUGGAAAGGCAUGCUUAUUAUUUAAAAAAAGGCCUGAAAUGAUUAUUAUACCAGAUCACUGAAGCUGGUAAAAGAUCCAUAUCAAACUGAUAAAAGUGUAUGAAUUUAACUGAAUGCAGUGCAGGCCUGUAUUUGUUUUAGAUUUUUAUCAUGUUGUGCAAAUAAA